ACACCGACUCUGGCAGCACUGUUGGACAGUUAGCUUUGAGGUGUAAGCCUGGCCCCUCUCUGGGUUUGAGGCUGGGCAGAUUUGAAUGUGGUGUAAUUUAAAGAAACAGAACAUGUAUGUGUGGUGUUGUUUAGUUAGAGGUGAGUAAAAUGUGUGUCUGGCUCAUAAACGGUGUUUCCUGAGCAGAGGUGUGAACUUUGAGCUCUCCAUGCUGAGGUCUGUCACCUGCUGUUGCGUGACGGAGGACAGCGAUGACGGAGCACCUUCUGAAAAUUCUCAUUGUUGGUGAUGGAAAUGUCGGCAAGUCUUCCUUUGUUCAUCGCUACGUCAGCGGACAGUUCAACAAGACCUACAAGAUGACGGUGGGAGUGGAUUUCUCCGUUAAGCUGCUGCACUGGUCGGAUAAAGAGAAAGUCCGACUGCAACUCUGGGACAUCGCAGGCCAAGAGCGUUUCAUAUCCAUGACCAGGAUCUACUAUAAAGGGGCGCUGGGCUGUGUGGUGAUGUUUGAUGUCACCAGUUCCUCCAGUUUCUCCAGCUGUCGCCACUGGAAAGAGGACCUGGACAAUAAGGCCAUGCUGCCCAAUGGAGACUCCAUCCCCUGCAUCCUGGUUGCUAACAAGUGCGACCUCGCUCACAGGGCUGUCUCUGCAGACACCAUCGACAAGUUCAGCAAAGCCCACGGCUUCAUUACAUGGAUGGAGACUUCAGUCAAAGACAACAAGAACGUUGGAGAAGCCAUGAGGAUGCUGGUGCAGGAGAUUCUGUCGGUUCAGUCCAGCAUGGACCCGAUUCACAGACCUGAAGUCCGAGUUUAUCCUCACCCGGACUCAGAGUUCAACAGAAGCCCAGGAGGAGAACGAGGCUGCUGCUGAAACCACGAGCAUCACUCGGAGCACAGCAGGAAGUACUCUUCAUGUGCACGUGAAGUGUAGGACUGUGAACUGUCUCGGAGGUGAUUCUGGCUCUCCCACCUUUACUAGUUUCAUUUUGAGCUAAAGGUGUAAAUUAAACCAAGUUCAAAUAAAGAUCCGGGCCUCGCCUAAAGCGAGAAGCAACACUAAGGACAAACACGGGUAUGUGUUUCACUGCUGUGAUCAGAAACAGGUGAGACACGUUAAAGGUCCGAUGACGUGACGCCGAGUGGGGAGCACAGGAAAGGUGCUGGAGACAAUGGUGAACAGGAAAAGCUUUUCAAACACACAGCACAUGACCUUAGCGUGUUUAGCGGAUUGUACGCUGCACCCUGAUGAGAACAAACCAGCCUCACACAGCAGAAACACAGUCGAGGCUUCUGCCACAACUUCACCUACAUCCAAGGUGCCCAGAGAAGGAAACUAAGAGAUUGAAGCUCCAGAAACACUCACAUACAUUCAUAUUAAACAAAACACCUUCGUCAAUUAACUUUAUUCAUUUCAGCUUCGUCAGUCCUGAUCCACAUGAGUUUGAGAGUCCUGGGUGGGGACCCAAACCUGAUCUUUGACUAAACCUCUGGAGAGUAACAGAAGUCGAAGAAAAGAGGUGAAAUGAUGAUGACAUACUAAAUAAUGAAUGACACACACCUCCAGCCUCCAGCAGAGGCACACGAGCCAACAAAAGAAAAGGUCUGGUUCAAACCUUUUAAACUGAAAAGGCUAAAUUCGUGUUUGGGAAUCAGCAGGUGUGCCACCCAGGUAAGCAAUGCGAAGUAGAGGCUGAACACGGAAAGGUGGCGUUCAGCGUAGGCGUGGGGACCAGAAGGAGCACAUGGAAGGUGAGUGUAUCGUGAGAGAACGAGGUGCAGAGCGUGCUCGGUGCAGCCGUCAGAUCAUCUCCCAACCCGCUGAGUCGUCCCGAAACGUGGCGUCCCCGUGCUGGCGGCGAGGCGUGUGUGAGUGGGUGCUGCACAGCAUCAGUGGGACAUGCACGGGAGCUCCGACCUGCUGCGAGAAAUUCUGCUUUGAAUUUUUACACUUUUACUCUUGCACACAGUUUUUAGCUUCUUUUAUUUUCUCAGCUUGUCUCCUUGUUUCAUUUCCUGUUUUACUCUGGCAGUUACCUUCCCUUUGCGUUUCAGUUUGUUUACUUCCUGCCUUUGUCUGUUUCCCUCCUCCUGUGUUUCCCUUCUGCUUCUCAGUGCCUCAGGUUGAUUCCUUUGAGCUUAUUUGGACUUUCUGUGGGUUUCCAGGAUAACCAGCAUGCUUUGUGUAUUUCCUUUUGCCUGACCUGAUGCCAUCUGCAUUUGUAUCCAGUUGUAGCACAGAAACAUUUUUCAAAAAAGGCCUUCGGACUGUUUUUCUAGAUCUGAUUAAUAAACAUGCUAAAAAGUCAAAUACCAUCUUAUGAUUACCCGACUAAGUAAAGUAAAGAUAAUCAGGCUUAUCCUCCCAGGGUGUCAUUUGUUUCAGUGAGAGCCAGAGAAACCUGAGAAAUUCUUAGCUUGGAUUUGGAGCAGGUUCAUAAAAUGGUCAUAUUAAGCUUUGGUAAAAUUACUUUAAUCCCCCAAACAAUUGCAGUGAGUAAUAUCAGGAAACCACAGCCACGUGAUCAAUAAACUACUUCAGCUUCAAAGAGACCCUCACCACCUCACGCUGUUUUAGUCCAUCUGAAUUUAUGCAUAAAGUCAAUGUAAAUUUCCCCGAUGACAUUGAUAACAUCUGAAUUCAUGCAGGUUAAAGUAUUUCAACUUUAAGCUACUGCAAAAAAUGUCCCAUCAGCUGCAGGACGACCUAACUGACUCCAUCAGCAGCACUCUUUGGUUCACUUUUAAACAGAGCUCAGAAAACGUCCAGUGUGACGGGGCGUGGGGCGGCUGAUACACCUGAGCUCAAUCAGCUCAUCACGCCUCCCCUGCAUAAAAGGAGUGGACUGGGUCCAGAGUUAUUGUUGUUGCUGCUGAAAAGCUGCAUCGCAUGCAUGUUUAGACGACAACCAGAAAUAAAAGGAAACUGCUGAAAAGUGUCGAAACAUGGUUGGAUCCAUCAUGCAUCUUUUACAUGCAGAAAACAGAAAUCCUGGAAGCUUCUAUAACUUCCAGCUGUGGGACUAAUACAGGCUAAAGGCUGUCUUCUCUUAUCACACUGCGUGGGCUUUCAACUCAAAUGAAUUCUCACGUUAGGCGUGAGGACGUCAUAGCGGUGAGAAAACCAUUUAAUUCCAGAGUCAGAAUCUUUGAGAUGGUUUAAUUCUAUCGAAGUAUAAAGUUUUUCUUUCCAUGUUUUUGACCUGUCUUUGGGUUUAGCUGAAGAGUCCAACAAUGAUCUGCUCCUUUUCCAGUAUGCUUGGAUCGACUGGUUUUCCAUUACAAUCUGGUACUACCUAACGUGUGUGGCUGUUGUCAUAGCAACACGUCUUGCAUGUGCGAUACAACAAAGGUGGACAUCAAGGUGACGAUAUACCUGCUGCUCGGUCGUGCGGGUCGUUUUUAGCUCCUGAACUGAGUUUCAGGUACUUUUUAGCAGCUAAAUCUGAACAGCAGUGGAAAGCGACGCAGAAGCCAUAAAGGUGGAACCACAGCUAUUAGCAUCCUGCAGCUUUAAGAUUUCAUUGUUCAGACCCAGAAGAUUCAUUUAUGUUUACACAGUCUAUGGUUACUUCCUGUUUUAUUUUGAAGGUUUGUUGUGUGGUUUUCUUCCCUCCUUUCGUCUUCUUCCUGCUCAUAUUAGCGUGUGAUUAUUAUCCUUCCUUCUGAUCUUCUCCUUUGGCUCCUUUAGCUUACUGUUCCACCCUCUCUGCGGUCCUCUUUCUAAAAAUAAUCAAACUGCUGCAGCUUUGGUUUGUCAUAAAUCAGGCGGCAACGUGACGGUCUGCAGUCAGUGUGAGGUUUCUGUAACUGAUUAAAUGCACUUUAAAUGUUUCCCCGUCACUGGAGGCGUUAAUAUUCACCAGUGAGCUGGCCAGAGCUCUGAGCUCAGAGCUGGAAACCCUCAGAGAGGAGGCUGAAUGUUGGACAGAUGGAGCUCCUGUCUGUGUGUCAGCCUGUCAUGGCCACCCCACAACUCACAGCAGGGGGGGCAGUACCAGGCUCCUCAGAGGGGCUCUUUAGCCGUUAAUGGGCACAGUGUUGAGAGCGCUUUUCUCCUCCUGUCACUGUGGGGCCUUGUUAAAGAUGCUUUCGCCCAUUUUACAUGGUCGCAGAGGAUUCAUCAUGGCUUCAUGGACAGGUCGCCUCGCCCCACAUAUUCAGGUGGCUGGGCUGCAGGAGGCUUCUAAGAGCCUCAAAUACUGGAGCUGAUAAUUAUGGCCUAUAUUGUGCAGUGACCCGGCCCAAUGCACUGAAUGCACAGGUGUCAUCCUGCUCAUCGUCACAUGACAAGGUGUAUGUAAACAAGCCCACACAGGCAGCAGACUGCAGCUGAAGUACAGUUUAUUAGAGGGUUAUAGAGGCUGCAGUGCACACACCUGCGGCUUUAUGCAUUAGCAGCAACGAUUUCUGGCACAACUUCAGCUACUUCCAAGGUGCAUGGAGAGGAUGAAAGAAUUCACAAUGCAAGAACUCCAGCAACACUUAAGGGAAGAUGAACAACUUUAAUAAUUGACCAACGCGUUUCAGUUUUGUGGCUGUUACGGGCUCGGUAUAGUUCAGUCAAACAAUGGUUUAUUGAGUACACGCGUGGGAAGAUGUGUACUCCUGCACCAGCAUCAAUCUUCCCCGAACAGCUCAAUUCAGAAUGUUUUCAUUCAUCAGGGUUGCGCCCCUUCAUGCGUCACAAAUCAACAUGAUAUGCAUCAGUUACAGUAAAUGGUCAAUCUUAAACCCCUAAAAUUAGACAAAGAAGUUCCUUUUUCUAUCACACCUUCCAAACACGGCAAUAAGUUGCAAGUCUAAAUGGUCCCUGAGGGCUUGUCCUUUUCUUGACUUGUCUUCUGUCACCUGUUACUAGGCAAACUGCAGUUAGAAGCAAAAUGUAUCUCAGGCCUUUGGCCUGGAAUCAAUACUGUCAUGUGCGUGCAUGCUUUGAACCCUUUAUUGCUCCAAGUCACUUACACAAUGGAUCGCCUGGACAGUCACGCCACGUGAAGCUUAAGAGCUUUAAUAGACCGAACAUCAACUCUCUAGAAGCACAAGCCUGCAAUGUGUGUAUAAAAUGAUUAUAACUGCACCUGUAAUGAAAAUGUUAAUAUGGGAUUUUGAUAACACCAGUAAUACAAGUUUUAACGUAAUGCCAACAGCUUCAACAUGGUAGAAAGCUGCUUAAAUACAAGACAGGAAACAGAAAAAAAUUCAAAUUAACCAAUCAAAACUUCAUAGAUAGAUCAGCUGACAUAUAACAGGUAGGUAUUGGUUAAUUGGUUAAGUCACGCCCAAGUAAAUACUGGACUAGAUCAUUAAUGACGAGGACGAGGGGAGGAGACAUGACCCCCACCUAUCUCAAAAAAACACA